AGUAGCUGCUAUAUAUAAGUGCAGUCUUUCCUUGAAAGCUCUACUACCCAAGUUGUCAACUCAUUUAACUUCCUGUGGGUUUCUCUUCUCUGCCUUCUUUUAUCUUCCUCGGACAGUUGAAGAUCUAUAAUACAGACAAAAGCUACCUACGUCUAUUAUCUGUUAAUCUUCUUGUCUUGAUCUCUUCUUCAGUUUUGAAUAGGAUAUAAAAGGCUUUUUAUUAAUUAGCCCUCUUCCUGUUUCUCAUCGAUGGAUAUUGGAAAGUGUAACUGGAAGAGAAAUCUGUUUGUCAAGGCAUGGAAAAGGUGUCGAUCUCUAGGUUCUGGCACCAAGAAAUCUGCCAGAAAUAUUUGCAACUCUUUGACAAAAACCAAAUCAUGGCACUGUACCACAGGAUCAAGCGAAGGAGAUGAAAAGCGGAAAAAGAAGUGCCAGGUAGCUCCAGAAGGCUGCUUCUCAGUCUACGUAGGACCCGAGAAACAAAGGUUCGUGAUAAAGACUGAGUUUGUUAACCAUCCACUGUUCAGGUUGUUGCUUGAAGAUGCUGAAAUGGAAUAUGGGUUCAACAGCGAAGGUCCAAUAUUGCUUCCCUGCGAUGUUGAUUUGUUUUAUAAAGUUUUAGCAGAGAUGGAUUGCUGGGAAGACAUAAGCAUCUCAAGAUGCAGGCCAUUAAACCUUUGUAGUCCUUCGCUUCCAUCCAUGCAGAUGCUAAAGUUUUUUUUAGUAUAAUUGGGUUUUGUUGGAAUUUUUACUGGAGAGUUUAAUGUCUUAAAAAUGACUUUGUAUACUAAGCUAAAUUCUCAUUUGUGCAGAUAUUAACGUUGAGUUAACUAUACCUGUAUAUAUAACUGCAUAAAAGUUUAAAAUAUACGUU